AUGAUGUUAUACGAGUUGAUGUCAUUUAUUUCGGAGCUACGUCGUCUUCUCGAAUGUCCGGUGUGUUUGACGACCGUACGCACCGACGUGGCAACGUGCUCCAACGGCCACAUGGUCUGUGACCUGUGUCUGCCGAAUUUACGAGAAUGUCCACUAUGCCGAACAAAAAUCUUCGGCUUUCCGUGCAUUCCGUUGCGGGAUAUUUGCAGGCUACUCCCCCCAGCACCUUCGCCUGCCCUUACGCCUCGUGUUGGCAACGCUAUCGGCAAUGUCUCUACAUCAAGAACGCCCACUGAUCGUUCAUCAGCUGUUCCAUCUGCAUUAGAUUUUCUCAGAGAAAUCGUAGAUUUGACCUCCAUGGGAUUUAAUUUGUAUCAACCUUCUACAUCACCGGUACAACAAUCUCAGGCGGACAAUCGCUCCCAAGGGCGACGCUUCACGGGUCGCGCAGAGCACGUCAACCCGAGAGUACCAGUGCGCUCCACUCCACCAGGCAACAACGCAAGGCCAGUUGUUAAUGUUCAACAGGCACCACCUUGCUUGUACGGCUCGAGAUGCACAAACCGCUGCCGGCACGUGUGUAGUAAUCACCGCGUUCACGUUCUGAGAAAUAAUAUUAUUCAACACUAAAACUAAUUUCCCGAUGUUUUUUUUUUUAUUUUUCCAAUUCUUAAGAUAUGGAGGGGCAUAUAAUGUCCAUGAAAUCGUCCAAAAAUAUCAAAACAAAAACAAAAAACAAACCAAAAAAAGGGA